GUGUGCGCGGGACGGUGGCCACCGGCAUGCGAUGAGCGCGCCAUGGAAGCCAUGGACACCUGGGUGAACCCGCCCGUGCAGUGGCACGCCGUGGAUGCCAGCUGGAGCGCCGCCGACGCCAAAGACGUUGACGAUAUGGUGACGAUGAUGUCGCGGGCGGAGGGCCGCGUCAAGGAGGAGGUGGAGCCGCUGUGCUCGCCGUCCAACAGCGGCGGCAGUCUCUACUCGCCGUGCACCACGACGGCGCUGCCCGGCGACCUUGCUGAUGAACCAGUGGCAAGGAACGAUAUGCCUGCCUGCGUAAAGGUAGAAUUUUGUGAAGAAGAGGGGCAGAGGUACAAUGUCUCAGGCACGUGUUCACCAAGUGGAGGAAGUCCUGACAGGCAAUACUGCAGCUCCACAACACAACCUGGUCCUGGCAAUGCUGAAGAGGGCAUGAAGGAGGAGGAUCUUCCAAGAAGACUAUGCUUAGUUUGUGGAGAUACAGCAUCAGGGUUCCACUACGGUGUUGCCUCUUGUGAGGCGUGCAAGGCUUUCUUCAAGAGAACAAUUCAAGGUAACAUUGAGUACACCUGCCCUGCAUCAAAUGACUGUGAAAUAAACAAGCGCCGACGUAAAGCGUGUCAAGCCUGUAGGUUCCAGAAGUGCUUGCGAAUGGGUAUGCUGAAGGAAGGUGUGCGUCUAGAUAGAGUGCGAGGUGGGCGGCAGAAAUACCGUCGAAAUCCAGACACAUUGUUCCCAAGUACUCAACCUCAACACUUCUCUAUGCAACCUGGGAAACCAGCACCAACACUUGAAGAUAACAAAAUUUUAGAAGCAUUAUCAGCUUGUGAACCUGACAUGCUGUCUGCAUCUCCGGACACAACAGUAUCUGAUCCUGACUUACGGACAAUAAGCACCCUUAGUGACCUUUAUGACCGUGAGCUUGUGGGCAUCAUUGGCUGGGCUAAGCAGAUACCUGGAUUCAUGGAAUUGUCACUGAAUGAUCAGAUGAGGCUACUUCAGAGUACAUGGGCAGAAAUCCUUACUUUAACAUUGACCUUUCGAUCACUUACAUCUGGUGGUCGCCUCAGGUUUGCAUUGGAUUUCAGUCUAGAGGAACAAGCUGCACGUGAUUGUGGUGCCAUUGAGCUUUAUCAGCAUUGUAUGCAGGUUAUAGAGCGACUACAAGCUGUCUCAGUCAGUAAGGAAGAAUAUUAUCUACUCAAGGCACUUGUGCUGGCAAAUUCAGAUGUGCACAUGGAUGAUGCUGUGUCACUAAAGAGGUUUCGUGAUAGCAUUUUAUCAGCACUGAGUGACUGUGUUGCAGUCAUCAGGCCAGGAUCACCAUUACAUCACACACAACACCUGUUACUGCUACUGCCUGCCUUGCGUCAAGCAGAUCACGUCGUUAGACGCUUCUGGAGCAUGGUGAACCGUGAGGGAAAGAUGGUGUGGUUGACACGAGCAAACUGGGAUAGGACUACCACGGUGGCAGAGUGAUAAUUAAGGGCCUGCCCCCAUGUCUCAGGUUAUGUUGUUACUGUCCUGUAAUUCCAUCCUUUCGGUGGAGAGUUAUGGUUUUUGAAGCUCAAUCGCAGUACAAAAUUGAGUACCUUUUUAUUUCAUUUCCUGUCUCGUGGAUUUCUGUAUCGGUUAAAAUCUUUUUGUGUGCUCGCGUCCAUCACAAAUUCUCAUGUAGAGUGGAAGUGGCCCAUGUUAAGUUUUUCUUGGGAAUAUCUUCUCGUUAUAGUCAAGUAAUGAAAUCAUACGUGGUAUAUGCAAGUCGUAUUGUUCUAAUUAAUCAGAAGUUGGCCGAGUAAACUUUACA